CUCUUAUCAUUCAAGAAGAGGCUAUGAAUGCACGUGCAUGUGAUUGCAUGUGAAUGGCAUGAAUGGUACGAUCGUGGUCUAUUCGAUAGAGUUUUAUUUUGCAAAUAAGAAGAAAUAAAAUGCCGGCGGGAAACGAGAACGACGUGAAACUAUUUCAAACGAUCGGUCUGAGUGAGCAGAAGGCUAAGGAAACUUUAAAAAAUGGAAACGUCACGAAGAAUCUCAAACUGGCCAUAGAUGAGGCAGUUAAACAUGGUCCUGUUCCUCAAGAUAUUGGCGUUUUACUAUAUCAUCUAGCUUCCAAGAUUAAAAAUCAAGUUGUAGAUAAGAUACCAUUUAUUAUUAAUUAUAUAAAUGAAAAGAAGCUGGAUACUGUGCAGAGAAUUGAUGCUGCAUUGAGUUAUCUGCUGGCUAAUUUAAAUAAUCCCCUCAAUGUAGCAGAAUUUGAGGAGUUUUGCGGUAUAGGAGUGGUAGUUUCACCUGAACAAAUAGAGGAGGAAGUAGAGAAAAUCAUAAAAGCACAUGAAAAAGAGAUAAUAGAAAAGAGGUACCGCUUUAAUUCUGGUCCACUGAUGCAACAAGUACGCAACAUUCUAAAAUGGGCAGAUGGUAAAGCAGUAAAGAAUGAAUUCGAUAUUCAACUCCUCUAUCUAUUGGGCCCAAAAACUGAUGCUGAUUUCAUACCAGUGUCUAAAAUGAAACAGCCAAAAGAUAAACAAACAAAAGCUAAAAAAUCUGAAAUUGUAAAAGAAGAACAGAAAGAAGUAUCGAAUGGAGAAAGGAUAGAAGCACAAACUAUAAGUGAACUCAUGAAGACCAAGAUUCACUUUCAUAAACCCGGGGAAAAUUAUAAAACCGAGGGAUAUAUCGUGACGCCAAACACGCAUCGUCUAUUGCAGGAACACUUGAAAGCAACUGGUGGUAGAGUGAGAACUAGGUUCCCACCAGAGCCUAAUGGAAUUUUACAUAUUGGACAUGCAAAGGCUAUUAACAUCAAUUUUGGGUAUGCUGCUGCACACGAUGGCAUGUGUUAUUUGCGAUACGAUGAUACAAAUCCUGAAAAGGAAGAGGAGAAAUUUUUCACUGGGAUACGAGAGAUGGUAGAAUGGCUCGGUUAUAAACCGGCCGCGAUCACGCAUUCAUCGGACUAUUUCCAGCAGUUGUACAAAUGGGCUGUGGAACUUAUAGAAAAAGGCUUAGCUUAUGUUUGUCAUCAAUCGAGCGAAGAAAUGAAGGGUUUCAAUCCUCCGCCAAGUCCUUGGCGUAAUAGGCGGAUCGCAGAGAGUUUGCAACUAUUUAAUGAUAUGAAAGAUGGUUUGUUAGAAGAGGGAGAGGCAACUUUGCGCAUGAAAGUGACUUUAGAGGAAGGCAAGCAGGAUCCUGUCGCGUAUAGAAUAAAAUAUUCACCGCAUCAUCGAACCGGUGAUCAGUGGUGCAUUUAUCCUACUUAUGAUUACACUCAUUGCUUGUGCGACAGUAUGGAAAAUAUCACUCAUUCUCUCUGCACGAAAGAAUUCCAAUCGCGAAGAUCAUCCUAUUAUUGGCUUUGCAACGCCUUGGACAUUUAUUGCCCUGUGCAAUGGGAAUAUGGGCGAUUAAAUGUCAAUUAUACUGUAAUUUCUAAAAGAAAAAUUGCCAAAUUAAUAGAAGAGGGAAUAGUAUCAGAUUGGGAUGAUCCCAGAUUAUUUACAUUAAGUGCACUACGUAGACGUGGAUUUCCGCCAGAAGCCAUAAAUAAUUUCUGCGCUCAAAUGGGUGUAACUGGUGCACAAGCGACCGUCGAUCCAGCAGUGCUGGAAGCAUCUGUUAGGGAUGUCCUAAAUCUUACAGCUCCGCGAUUUAUGGUUGUUCUAGAGCCCAUUAAAUUGACUAUAAGAAAUUUCCCUCACAAAAAACCUCUAAAAUUGACUGUACCCGAUUUCCCUAACGAACCAGAGAGAGGACAUCAUGAAAUUACAUUUAAUGAAAUCGUAUACAUAGAAACCUCGGACUUUAAAGAGAUUGAAGAGAAAGGGUUUAGACGCUUGACGCCGAAACAACCUGUAGGUUUGAAGCACGUAGGCGUCGUGGUGACGUUUGAAAAUAUCGAGAAAGAUGCCAGUGGCAAUAUCAUAAAUAUAACGGUUAGACAAGAUCCUGUUUCAGAAAACAAUAAACCAAAAGCGUUCAUACAUUGGGUGUCAAGUCCAGUAUUGGCAUCUGUUAGAUUGUACGAGCGUUUAUUCAAGCACAAAAAUCCUGAAGAUACAAAUGAAGUGCCCAAUGGAUUUUUAAGUGACAUUAAUCCCAUCAGCAAAAAAGAAAUUGUAGCAUAUAUGGAUGAGAGUUUAUCUAAAACGGCAAAAGUGUACGAUAAGAUUCAAUUCGAACGUAUAGGCUUUUUCUCGGUCGAUCCCGAUACCAAGCCUGGAAAGCUUGUUUUCAAUCGCACUGUAACGUUAAAAGAAGAUGCAGGAAAAAUAUAAAUGUAUUUUCAGAGAAAGUUUUAUAUUAAACAACACCAAAAGAGAAUAAUAUUUGCUACUACUUUUAUCAUUCUUUUUAUACUGUUUAUGAAAUGUGAGCCAAAAGACCAUAUGCUUUAGUAAAUGAUGAUAAAUAAUUUUAUUUCAUAG